CACAUGAUUUGUCUAUAAGAUGGCUCGCGGCAGAUGAAGACACUCCCAUUAUCCAGCUCCAUCAGCUCUGCCGCCUGGUGGUAUAGCAUCUGGUUAUUAACGAGCAAGCGUGUGGCCAUGGCGAUGUUCAUCAGAGCCUUGCAACUGGCUCUCAGGGAGAAGAGGAGCAGCAUCAUUUGGCCAGGAUCGUCAGGCUUCGUCGCCAAUGCCUUCUCAUCCUCGGCUCCGAGCUCGCAGGGUCUGCAGAGGCUGGCCGGUAAGGUCGCCGUCAUCACUGGUGGCGCGAGCGGCAUCGGCAAGGCGACCGCCGCCGAGUUCGUCAGGAACGGCGCUAAGGUGGUGAUCGCCGACAUCCAGGACGACCUGGGCCACGCCGUGGCCGCGGAGCUCGGCGGCCCGGGCGCGGCGUGCUACACCCGCUGCGACGUGGCGGACGAGGCGCAGGUCGCGGCGGCCGUGGACCUCGCGGUCGCCCGCCACGGGCACCUCGACGUCAUGUUCAACAACGCCGGCAUCGGGGGCACCACGGGGCUGCCGCCGCCGCUGGGCGCCGUGGACCUCGCCGACUUCGACCGCGUGAUGGCGGUCAACGCCCGGGGCGUGCUGGCGGGGCUCAAGCACGCGGCGCGGGUCAUGGUCCCGCGCCGCCGCGGCAGCAUCAUCUGCACCGCGAGCGUCGCCGCGCUGGUGGGGGGCGUGGCCCCCCCGGCGUACGGCGCGUCCAAGGCGGCGGUGCUGGGCCUGGUGCGCACCGUGGCGGCGGAGCUGGCGCGCUCCGGUGUGCGCGUGAACGCCAUCUGCCCCAGCGCCAUCAUGACGCCCAUGGCCCGGGAGUGCCUCGCGUCGUGGCUCCCCGGGAUGAGCCCCGAGGAGAUCAAGCGGAUGGUGGAGGUCGACAGGAACCCGAUGGCCGGGACGGUGCUGGAGGUGGAGGACGUCGCGAGGGCCGCGCUGUACCUGGCGUCCGACGAGGCCAAGUACGUGAACGGGCACAACUUCGUCAUCGACGGCGGCUUGUCGGUGAGCACGACAGCCUAGUAAAGAUGCCGGCGGCCACCAUUGGCUACUAUCUCUCUCUCGUAGAAUAAGUUGCGUUCUUGACUUCUUGUGUGGUCGACAACAGCCCAGCGCUCAUUCAACGCAUAUCGUCGUUGAUGUGAUUCGCGAAAAUGAUAGCAUGUCGUUUCAAAAGUCUUCCACGGCUCCAUCGAGCAGUCUACCUCAUGUAUAUGGAUGCAUGGCGUCAAGUUUUUGUCCACGGCGCCGGGGACACGGAACCGACGGUAUCUGGCGGAUGUCGCCAUUGGCCUGC